AGGACGUACAGUCCCACUUUGUUGCAUUCUUUUCCAGUCCAACUACUUGAGAACAACGAUGAAUAUUACCCCGAGCUAGGUAAAAUUUACCGAACAAUAGUUCCAUUCUACUUUUAUUUUUCCGUAAGCUACGGCGCACAAAGCGAAAGGAUGUUGGCAAUUACAAUUAGCACGACUUUUCUCCUCACGCAGCCCCACAAGAAUUUUUCCAAAUGGCCACGACUUCCAAUCUGUUGAGCAGCUACAAGAAGUCGCAAGCCUUCCAGAAAAUGCAGCAGCAGGUCGAGUCGGCGCAGCUGAAGCAGCAGCUGGUGCGGACCAACACCGGCCCGGUGCAGCUGGACAUCCCGUUUAAAAUCACUUUAAAACGGGUUUCCUUCAACGAGGACUCCUUCCCCGGUGUGGACUCGGGAAAAUGCACCUUUGUCCUGAGCCUGUACGUGUCCGCGACGGCGAAUAUGAGAAUGGACGACUCCCCAGACCCUCCCCCGCAUUUAGAAGGUUGACGUUGACCUGAGCAGCAUGAAAUAAAACAACUUGAAGAAAGGUGAUCAUUAUUUUGCCUCUGCAUUUAUACAAGUCAAUGAAUGUAGUUGUUCGUUGCCCUGACUCGUCGUGUACUGCGCUACGUGGGCUUCUUCCGAAACCUUGUCAUGCAAAAAAUACAGCCAAAACCAAAAGGAAAGAGCCGUGGCGCCUGGAUGCGGGUGUCCACUACAUGAUGUAUGAUGAUGACGAUGAUGAUGAAAAGCGGAGAACAUAGUACGAUAGGGGUUAGUAUUUUGGAUCACUACAACAUUUUUUUUGGGGAAGGGGUGUUGUCCAGCACCAUAGCGAAGGAUCCGGCGUUUACCAGCUCCCCGACGGAACCAGCUUCCAGCGAGGCGGAAUCGGGGUUCGUCGCGUGGCCAGCCACGAGCGGAAAUACCAUCUCGACCACCUACAAGACCAAUGGGUUUCAGACCUUUUACCUUCGUAUCUACCGUACGGUAUCCCACAGAAUAAAGCUGGCAGGUCACGUUUGUAAUGCAAAAAUAAAUACACAAAAAAAUCUGUAUUGCGUAUCCUAAACAGCAUGCUACGAGGCCGCCCAUGACAGAUUUUUCUGUGUAUUUAUUUUUGCAUUACAAAUAUGCCCUGCCAGCUUUUUUCUGUGGGAUAUACGGACAAGCCCUGCCUGCCCUGCUGCGGGGGCGGAGGUCUCGCGCGGGGCAGCCCGAACAGGGGAAUUGGCACCGCCUGUGGGAUGUGCAAAUUGAGUUUAGGCAGGGUGUUGAAGAACCUAAUGGAGGGCGGGGGGGAUCAGCCCUUGUUUAAAAAAGACUUGUACCGAGCCGGGGAGUCGGAGGAUACGGGGCAUAAACCCAUCGGCUCCCUGCACUUGGGACUCUCCUGCGAAGCGAAUCACUUGGAGGCAGCGACGGAGCUCCUGCUGCACGCUUUGAUCGCGAAUGCCCGAGUCGCGGAGGAUUGCGGGGAGGCUGCGAUGAGGAUGCUUUUGGAAGAGAAAGACACGAUCAAAGCGGACACCUACCAAGGCGUGGAAGGCAACACGCUGCUGCACAUUGCUUGCGUGAACGGGCAGCUGGAGAUGGCGCAGAUUUUGCGCAAGGAUUUUGGCCUCACCAUCGACAAAUUGAACAACAAGAAGCAGUAUCAAAUGCAAAAGUGUCUGGAUCUGGAAGAGUACAAACUUGUGAUGCGCAUUUCAGCACACAGAAAAAUCUCUGAUGCAUAGGUAGCAAAAGCUGCCCACUUUCUGUCACCAAAGUGGGGGAUUUGUCAUGCGGAUUCGCCAUUGCGGAAGCUUUUCGAUGAAACCUGUGAUGCUAGAGCUUCCAUGCCAGACCUUCUGUGUCAUGCAAAAACAGCAUGACUCUUCCAGACCCAGACAUUUUUACAUUUGAUAAGCAGACCCCCAUCACCGCGGCACUGGUGGCCCACGACAUUGACGACGGGUCGAACAUUCUCUGCGCUUGCACGUUGGCCCUGGAACUGGCAGCCGGGGACAUUGAAAUCAUGUUCGACUGCGUGCGCGGUGCCCGUGCUGCGGGCGAGGAGGCCUGGGAGGGCAAGAAGGCGAGACAGUGCCUCUUCCGGUUGCUGGAUUUGAUCGAGGAGGCCCUGAACAGUGAGAACGUUGCGCGGCUGGAACAGGCAGUCAAUUUUGCGCAGGCCGUGAACGGGAUGGGUCAAAACCCGGACCAUCCUGAGGGCAAGCUGGUGGACGAAGUGCGGGGGGUGACCAAACUGGUGGCGCUGCAACUCGCGUCCGCCCUGAACGAGGCCGAAUUCGAAAGUACGGAGUCCCAGCUGCUGGCUUUGAAUCAAGCUGUGAUGGCAGCCGAACACCAGAAGCAGCAUACUGGACCGAACAAAAAACUUUUUGCGCGAGCAGUUGCGAAACGGAACGAGCUGCAAAGGAAUAGAAUGAAAAAUUUGCUGCAAGGGAAGCUGGAGCAAGCCAUCGGGGAACAGGACAUCACGCAGUUGAUCGGAGUGAUCAGUUACGGCAACGCCUUGCUGAAAGCGAACCAGAACAUGACUGCGGAGGACUUGCCGCAGCUGGCGGAGGCGAACGCCCAAGUGGGCACCAUCAUGGCCACCACGCUCGCCCGGGCGCUGGCGAGCGAGAACGCGGCGGCCAUGCAGCACGCGAUCGCGCAGUGCGAGAAUUUCAAGUUGGACGGGCACGAGCUGUGCCGGGCGCCGUUGGCCAACCUGAAGGCGGAGCUGGUCAUGCUGCCCAAGAGGACCUGCCUGAAAAAACUGGAGGCCGCGAUUGAGCAGCUGAAUACGAACCCGGAAGGUUUCCACGAGUACAUGUUUUCCCUCACCGUGAACCAGGCCAGCGAGCUGCAGCUCGAGCAGCACCCGACCUUCCUGACGGCGGUCGACGUGUACAAGCGGGUGAAAAAUUUGCCGGAAACGUUUGACGCCCUCCGCUUCAUCAAGAAGGACACCUACAAGCCGGAGAUGACCGACGAGCUGCUGCAGGUGAUGCAGAAGUUGUGCGACGCCACCUUUGUCCGCAAGUACACGCGGGACCGGCACGGGGGAAACGUGCCGCAGGGCAUCGAGGUGUGCAAGGUGGUGCAAGUGCAGCAGCCGAACACGUACCUGAGCUACACCUGCCGCCGCGACCAGAUCUUUGAUAAUUUGAAGGCCCUGCGGAACACGCUGGGCAAAAACGCGUUUGCCCGGUACGACACGGAGCUGGACUUUGGCAUCAAAACCUACAAGGCGCAGAAGGAGUGGGCGCCGGUCACGCCGCUCGCGAAAGAGCCCAUCAGCCCGCAUUUGAACGAGUUCUACCUGUUAUCAAAAGGAAGAGUCCCCCCUUCCCAUAUCGAUAUCAAAACGAAGUUUCUGAUGCUGGACUUGCGUACACAAAUCAGAGCUGUCUUGCAGUAGAGGACUACAGGCAUACGCCGGUCCUGAGUAGGAGAUUUUCUGAAGUACACGCUUAGCAUCACAAAUAUCCGCGCUGUAGUCCCAGCAGCAUCACAAACCGCCUGCACAAGGUGGCGGAGACUAUGGACCUGCCUUCUUGCAAGACAAAAAGAUUGUUUUAGAAAAGUUUUCGGGUUGCGCCAUAAAAUUAAUUAAAUAAUUGCAAAGAAUGAAAUUAAAUAAGUUAACUAGUCACAGAGUUAGCAAUGCACUAACUGAGCAUGUUAAGUGGGGUCAUAGAUUAACUAACUAAGUAGAUGGGGCUAGUAGCUGACCACAUGCAUUGACUUGUUGAAUUGGUAGAAUAAGCAUUGUCGUUGGUGCUCAGCAUAAAGCAUUGCUCGCCAUUACUUGCUUCUGUCUUUUUCUCCUGCGUCCUGCGUCCCGUAGAAUUGGCCAGGUGAUCACCAUCAGCGAAAGACGCCCGCGAUUGGUCGUCGUCAGCUGGAGACGAUCAUCAUGGUCGACAGUUUCGCGGACGCUCCGUAGAAUUGGCCAGGUGAUCGCCAUCAGCGAAAGACGUCCGCGGUUGGUCGGCGUCAGCUGGAGACGAUCAGCGCGGACGGUCGACAGUUUCGCGGGCGCUCCGUAGAAUUGGCCAGGUGAUCACCAUCAGCGAAAGACGUCCGCGAUUGGUCGUCGUCAGCUGGAGACGAUCAUCGCGGUCGACAGUUUCGCGGCCGCUCCGUAGAAUUGGCCAGGUGAUCGCCACCAGCGAAAGACGUCCGCGACUGGUCGGCGUCAGCUGGGGGCGAUCAUCGUGGUCGACAGUUUCGCGGACGCUCCGUAGAAUUGGCCAGCUGAUCACCAUCAUUCAGCGAAAGGCGUCCGCGAUUGGUCGUCGUCAGCUGGAGACGAUCAUCAUGGUCGACAGUUUCGCGGGCGCCCCGCAGAAUUGGCCAGGUGAUCACCAUCAGCGAAAGGCGUCCGCGACUGGUCGGCGUCAGCUGGAGACGAUCACCAUGGUCGACAGUUUCGCGGACGCUCCGUAGAAUUGGCCAGGUGAUCACCAUCAGCGAAAGACCGACGUCCGCGACUGGUCGCCGCCAGCUGGAGACGAUCAUCAUUGUCGACAGUUUCGCGGACGCUCCGUAGAAUUGGCCAGGUGAUCACCAUCAGCGAAAGACGUCCGCGAUUGGUCGUCGUCAGCUGGAGACGAUCACCAUGGGCGACAGUUUCGCGGACGCUCCGUAGAAUUGGCCAGGUGAUCACCUGGUCGUCGUCAGCUGGAGACGAUCAGCGCGGACGGUCGACAGUUUCGCGGGCGCUCCGUAGAAUUGGCCAGGUGAUCACCAUCAGCGAAAGACUUCCGCGAUUGGUCGUCGUCAGCUGGAGACGAUCAUCGCGGUCGACAGUUUCGCGGCCGCUCCGGAGAAUUGGCCAGGUGAUCGCCACCAGCGAAAGACGUCCGCGAUUGGUCGUCGUCAGCUGGAGACGAUCACCGUGGUCGACAGUUUCGCGGGCGCUCCGUAGAAUUGGCCAGGUGAUCACCAUCAGCGAAAGACGUCCGCGAUUGGUCGUCGUCAGCUGGAGACGAUCAUCGCGGUCGACAGUUUCGCGGCCGCUCCGGAGAAUUGGCCAGGUGAUCGCCACCAGCGAAAGACGUCCGCGAUUGGUCGUCGUCAGCUGGAGACGAUCACCGUGGUCGACAGUUUCGCGGGCGCUCCGUAGAAUUGGCCAGGUGAUCACCAUCAGCGAAAGACGUCCGCGAUUGGUCGUCGUCAGCUGGAGACGAUCAUCGCGGUCGACAGUUUCGCGGCCGCUCCGGAGAAUUGGCCAGGUGAUCGCCACCAGCGAAAGACGUCCGCGAUUGGUCGUCGUCAGCUGGAGACGAUCAUCAUGGUCGACAGUUUCGCGGACGCUCCGUAGAAUUGGCCAGGUGAUCACCAUCAACGAAAGACGUCCGCGAUUGGUCGGCGUCAGCUGGAGACGAUCAUCAUGCUCGACAGUUUCGCGGGCGCUCCGUAGAAUUGGCCAGGUGAUCACCAUCAGCGAAAGACGUCCGCGAUUGGUCGUCGUUAGCUGGAGACGGUCAUCGCGGUCGACAGUUUCGCGGACGCUCCGUAGAAUUGGCCAGGUGAUCACCAUCAGACAGCGAAAGACGUCCGCGAUUGGUCGUCGUCAGCUGGAGACGAUCAUCAUGGUCGACAGUUUCGCGGACGCUCCGUAGAAUUGGCCAGGUGAUCACCAUCAGCGAAAGACGUCCGCGAUUGGUCGUCGUCAGCUGGAGACGAUCAUCAUGGUCGACAGUUUCGCGGACGCUCCGUAGAAUUGGCCAGGUGAUCACCAUCAGCGAAAGACGUCCGCGAUUGGUCGUCGUCAGCUGGAGACGAUCAUCAUGGUCGACAGUUUCGCGGACGCUCCGUAGAAUUGGCCAGGUGAUCACCAUCAGCGAAAGACGUCCGCGAUUGGUCGUCGUCAGCUGGAGACGAUCAUCAUGGUCGACAGUUUCGCGGACGCUCCGUAGAAUUGGCCAGGUGAUCACCAUCAGCGAAAGACGUCCGCGAUUGGUCGUCGUCAGCUGGAGACGAUCAUCAUGGUCGACAGUUUCGCGGACGCUCCGUAGAAUUGGCCAGGUGAUCACCAUCAGCGAAAGACGUCCGCGAUUGGUCGUCGUCAGCUGGAGACGAUCAUCAUGGUCGACAGUUUCGCGGACGCUCCGUAGAAUUGGCCAGGUGAUCACCAUCAGCGAAAGACGUCCGCGAUUGGUCGUCGUCAGCUGGAGACGAUCAUCAUGGUCGACAGUUUCGCGGACGCUCCGUAGAAUUGGCCAGGUGAUCACCAUCAGCGAAAGACGUCCGCGAUUGGUCGUCGUCAGCUGGAGACGAUCAUCAUGGUCGACAGUUUCGCGGACGCUCCGUAGAAUUGGCCAGGUGAUCACCAUCAGACAGCGAAAGACGUCCGCGAUUGGUCGUCGUCAGCUGGAGACGAUCAUCAUGGUCGACAGUUUCGCGGACGCUCCGGAGAAUUGGCCAGGUGAUCACCAUCAACGAAAGACGUCCGCGCUUGGUCGUCGUCAGCUGGAGACGAUCAUCGGGGUCGGCAGUUUCGCGAUCAUUCCGGAGAAUUGGCCAGGUGAUCACCAUCAACGAAAGGCGCGCGCGAGUGCCGGCCGGGCGGGCCGGCGGGCUUGCGGCUGCGUGCUGGCCUCCCGGAAAAAGAAGGCCGCCGGGCGUUUCCGGGCCUCCUACGUCCGUAGAACGCCCGGAAACGGUGGCGGGCAGGCAGCGUCUGGCCGGGUGCAGGGGCUGCCCGCGAAAUUGUCGCCCGGCGAUUUUGCCGAAAAAGUUCGCCGCGACGAAGAUCGCCGGGCGGGCUGCGCGCCAAAGUUCUAGGGGGCGGCUGCGAAACUACCGCCCGGCAAAGAUUGGCCCGGCUUUUUGUUCGGUCGGCCCCGCCUGUACUUGGCGCGCCCGGAAAAAGACGGCCGCCGGGCGUUUCCGGGCUCCCUACGCCCGUAGAACGCCCGGAAACGGCGAAGCGCUGCCCGUCGCUCAGAUUUGUUGCUGACUUCCUUGGGCGGCGUGGAAGCGUCGCCGACCAGGCUCGCCGUGCGUGCCAUCGGGGGCGCCCUGUGGUAAAUUUCCCGCGCCAAAGGUUUUGCGGGCAGUCUUGAGACGAUGACGACCAUGCGGGACCAUCUUCAGCCGAUGGCGACCAUGCCGGAUCAUCUUCAGCUGAUGACGACCAUGCCGGACCGCCUUCAAUGGAUGGGGACCAUGCCGGAUCGUCUUCAGCUGAUAUCUAUUCUCAUACUUAAUUAAAGAGCUUCAUCAUCACGGGACAUGUAAAACUAAUCAAUUGUUGCAUUUAAUUUCAUUUUUUGUAUUUUUUAAAUAAACAUACGGUGUGACCCGAAACUUUUUCUUACUCUUUGUGGUCACAAAUCCGCAUUACUUUUCGAUAUCGGGAGGGGGAAUUUUUCCUUACGAUACCUGUGGCACGGGACCAAGCCGGACGCGGCCACCGCGAUCACGAGCUCGGACUUUCGCUUGGACUUGUCGGGUAUCAACUGCAAAAAUGUCUAGGUCUGGAAGAGUGCGGGUUUGGCAUGCCAGUCGGGCAUGACUCUGAGCUCUGUAUUGCGUGGCUGCACAGAGCUCCUCUUGCCUGUCAUGGAACAACGCAGUUUCUCAUGCGGAGUAAGCAACUGAGAACCACGGAAAAACGUGUCAUGCUUGGCAGUGCAAUACGGUGCGCGCACUGUUCCCUGACUUGAAUCACAAAUCUCUAGACCCAGACAUAUUUGCAUUUGAUAUCGGGGUCGCACGCGGGCACGCUGUACGGAAAAGGACUCUACUUUGCGGAAGCGUGCUAUGGAAGAGUGUCAGGAUUGAAAUCGACAAAGUUGAAAUGUAAUUUCUGAUAUAGGUGUCCGAUAGAGCUGCUAAAGUCGCAUGACGAAAGACGCCUUCUGUCCCUAAACAGCAUGACAAACUGGAUUUGGACGGUGCCGAAAUUUGUCAUGCGCCGCUUAGAAAUUGGGCUUCCAACUGGUAUCGAUUUUAUGGAUGACAACUUUGUCGAUUUCAAUCCUGACACUCCCAUACGUGCUCCAAGUCCGAUGAGUACACUGAGCCGGAGUACAUGACGGGGCUGCGGCCGUUGCUGCUGUGUCGGGUGGUCCUGGGGAACGUGUAUUACACCGACGAUAUGAAAUUGAAACUUUGCGAAGAAAGAUUGUGCUAGUAUACAUCAGACACGAAAUAAAAUCAGUGGAUGUUUCUCCCAUCCGUUCGAGCCGUCGCACAGAGAACAUCACAAUCUGUAUUGCCGAAGUUGUAUUCCAGUUUUGGUUUCUUUGUCUAGAAGGGAACUACAAGCUGAGUCAUUUGAUGAUAGGUACUUACUGCAAGAACAUGCUCCGUCCUGCACAAAAAUGUUUCUUCCACUCCAUAGAGGAAAUCCACCCGAACGUCGAUUCGUUGGUGCAGAAGUGCACGCGGGGCCCCUAUGACUCGGUGUUGGGGGACCGUGAGAAGUGCCGCGACACCUUUCGGGAGCUGGUAUCACACGCAAAUAGGUCUUUGUCUGGAAGUAGAUUGCAGGGCUUUUUCAUGCAGGUUUUCCAUGACACGACAUCAUGAGGUCUGUCCUAUAUGAGCUAGCAUGACAGAUUCUGCGCGACCGCUAUCAUGCCUCCCCUGCAUGAGAAGCUGCCUCUCAUCAACUUGGUCAAGAAAAUGGGGCCGCUUUUGGUAAUGAAUCACGCAAGUUAUUAGCAUGACAACGUUGUUGCACUAUUCAGAAUUAGCAUGACAAGUGUAAGUAUCCAGACCCAGAUGACAUAUUUGCAAUGCAUAGUUGAUUGUGUACGACAACGACCAGUGUUACCCGGAGUACAUGAUAUGGUACAAGAGGAGGUUCUAACAGAUAGAGGAUAAUUGAUUCUUGUUCACGAAUUUUUGUUCAAUUUUCCGGCUUUUGCUGGUUCAUUGAACCAAUAUGCGAUCAAUUAUUCUAGAAAAAAACACUCCUCGCUCUUCGUCUUCGUCUUUUUAGUGCGCAAGAGCGAGAAGUGUAAGGCGGGCCUUUCCUCAUUGAUUCAUUUUUUCGAUGGACUUUUCAUCUUUUGGUUCCAGUUCUUCAGUAGAGCGUAUUUUUCCUUUCCUUUUUCAUCUGUUCUGUAUCUAUGUCAUGUCUGCUUACCGAGCCGACCGGCCCGUGGCUGUGUCGCGGCUCUGUCUUCGCGAUAUUCUACUGCGCUCGACGAGGCGCCGGAGCUGCUGCGCAGAGUUAAAUACCAAUGUGAGAAGAUGUUGCCUUUCAUCCUCCUAUUUGCAAAAAUAAUGCGCACGAAAGAACGGUGCCGGUGGAUGAGUUUGAGCACCACACUUCAAAGCACGUGUACGUAUUCUUGCUCCAACGUUGUAUUUGUGAGAACUGAACUACCACAAUCUCCAAAGAGCAUCUUCACCCGCAUUCUGUUG